UUAUUAAGUCGUUGCCUGGUUAGUGGUUACCGGUUGAUCCUUCACCCAAUUGGUUGUCCACGUCACCAUCUGGUCUGAUAUUCAGAACAUUACCAUCAACCACCCUUUAAUUCACGGUUGGUGAGGCGGACCCAAAAACAUUAGAGAUGGUAACAAGGCUAACAACAUGACAUUUUUAGCUGAACAUACAGAAGUUAUAUAUCAGUGGGGUCCGUUUCCCCUAUCUCCACCAUAGAACCUUUUUUCUCUCUUCUACAAAAAAUAAAAAUAUUCAUGCCAUGCUGAUAAUCAGCAAGUUCAACAUGACCAGAAGAUUAAUUCUCAAAAUUCACCCAUUAUCUUCUCAAAAAACAAUCUUGUCACACUACCUACCCUUCUCGUAUAUCCAGAAGCAUAGCUAUGUUAAUGUGUACAUGAAAUGGAAGCAAGACUUUUACUUAGAGUCAAUUGAAUCAGUUCACAGAUCAAUUGAGCUACGGCCCAUACUUGCCCUCAAGAACUACAUAGUCUCUGUUUCACCUCAAGAGUAUUCCAUUCCUAUAUCUGCCGUUUCCAAGAAGGGCAUACACUUUGGAGUGCACAUUAAGGUUGCUAGGUUCUUGAGGCAAUACCCAUCUGUUUUCGAGGAGUUUACUGGCCCCGAGCACAAUCUUCCCUGGUUCAGGUUGACCCAGAGAGCCAUUGAGCUCCACAAGGAGGAGAGAGAUGUCUACAGAGAAUUUAACGAUGAUCUUGUUUUAAGAUUAAAGAAGUUAAUCUUGAUGAGCUGUGUUGGUUUUGGUGAGAAAAAGGUCCUUCCUUUGAAGAUCAUUAAGGGUAUGCAGUGGUAUUUGGGAUUUCCUGACGAGUUCUUGACAGACCCCGAAAAGAAUCUUGACGGAUCAUUUGAAGUUGUGGAAAUGAGUGAUGGUCUGACAGGAUUGGCUGUGAAGAACAACAAUCUGAAUGAUAGGGUGUUGUCUGUGAUGCAGAAGAAUGCAAUAAAAAGAGGUUGGGAUAAUGAAACCAUUCCGUUCCCCAUUUUUCCAUCUAAGGGAUUGAGGUUGAGGAGAAAGAUUAUAGAUUGGUGGGAUGAAUUUCAGAAGCUUCCCUAUAUUUCGCCUUAUGAAAACUAUAACUCACAGAUAAGGCCAGAUAGCGAUGCAGCAGAAAAGCGGGUGGUGGGGUUGCUUCAUGAGUUGCUUAGCUUGUUUGUGGAACACUGUGCUGAAAGAAGAAAGAUUUUGUGCCUAAGGAAAUACUUGGGAUUGCCACAGAUGGUUCAUAAGGCAUUUGAGAGGCACACCCACAUUUUCUAUCUGUCUUUGAAGAACAAGACAUGCACGGCCAUAUUGAAGGAGGCUUACUUUGAGAAAGGGGCUAUUGACACUCACCCUCUAGCAAAGGUGAGGAAGAAGUACAUCAAGUUGGUGAAAGAGUCCACCUUUAUUUUGAAAAGAAGAAGGUUCAGCAAUAGGGCAUGUGGUGGCGGAAGUGUGAAUGUAAAUGCUAUACAUUGUGAACAUGACGAUGAGAGUGAGAAGACUGAACUUGAAGCUUCCUAGGUAGUGGAUUUUCUGGAUUAAAGUAGGUCAUUGUGUACUUGUAGAGGAGCUCUUUGAUUUUGUGGGAAAGAGUUGAUUUGUGGGAUAAAAUCUUGAGAAUAAAUGCACAAAUAGUGGUAUUCAUGCAUAUUGCUGAAGGAAAUCGUUAUGAGCUUGACGAGCUUUGGUUGGAAGUUUAUUACUCUUGGUGCAAAAGUUUCAGUAAAGGUGAUGAGCAACAAUACAAAGUAAUGGAGAUGGACAAUGCAUUCCCAUGUUCUCUAGAUAAACCUCUGCUAAAUGCUAAUAAGUGAAAUGAUGCAGUCCAUGAAAGUUUAAUCACAAGGUAGAGUAGUAGGCCCAUUGCUUGGAACUCCAAAUUCUUCUACAGACAUAUUAAAGAGUUGUCUAAUAAUCUCAUCAUUGAUAUAAGAUAGUGGCACAACAAAGCAUUUCUGACCAGCCGUACAGAGCAAAAUGAUCCUGAUUAGCCGAUGCAGAGGAAUUAAAGUAGCUACCUGCAUCAUCAUAUAGUCUUGGGAACAAAAUUUUCUCAUUGGGUGACUGCAAUCUUCUGCCUUCUUUUUGCUAGCUUGAUGAGUAGUUUGGAACUGAUCAUCUAAUUAGCUCAAAUGAAAGAAAGAAAAAAGGGAGAUCUUUUACAGACAUAUUAAAGAGUUGUCUAAUAAUCUCAUCAUUGAUAUAAGAUAGUGGCACAACAAAGCAUUUCUGACCAGCCGUACAGAGCAAAAUGAUCCUGAUUAGCCGAUGCAGAGGAAUUAAAGUAGCUACCUGCAUCAUCAUAUAGUCUUGGGAACAAAAUUUUCUCUUUGGGUGACUGCAAUCUUCUGCCUUCUUUUUGCUAGCUUGAUGAGUAGUUUGGAACUGAUUAUCUAAUUAGCUCAAAUGAAAGAAAGAAAAAAGGGAGAUCUAAUGGGAAGAUUACAAAAUAUGUAGCAACCUUGUAUCUUGGUUGGACAGAUUUGUAGUGUUGGAUGAACAAAUGUUAUAUGGAAGUUUGUCUGUUUAGUAAAUUAGACUAGGGAAAAGUGGAAAACCAUGUUAGCUUCCAGUUGUGUGAGGGCCUUUUAUGAGCAUCAUUCAGAGCAGACAAAACCAUGUUAUACAUAAAUGAGGAAUGCCACUCACAUGGUUUUGUUUCCUAGUAAUCUGAUUAAGGAUAUUUUUCUUGAGUGAAUAGCAUUGACAUCUGGCAGUAAGUUGGUC